UAAAUAUGGAAUCUCAAUGAAACAAGUCAGGGAUUGAGAGAUGGUGAGGGAGAGACAGAUUGUUCAUGGCUCUGUUCUUGAAACUACCCGCGAUCCCUUUCCCGGUAAGUCUAAGGCACGGCUGCUCACUUCAAUUUCGUUCCACAGCAACACCAACAUCAACAUCAACAUCAACAAGAAUGGCUCUCUCUCCCCACAAUGUCUCUUUUCAUACCCAUACGACCACUCAAAAGCUUCCCAUACUCCUCUUCGACAUCAUGGACACCGUUGUUCGCGACCCUUUUUACCAUGACGUCCCUGCCUUCUUCAGAAUGUCUUUCGAAGAACUUAUAGAAUGCAAGCACCCAACUGCGUGGAUUGAGUUUGAAAAGGGGAUUAUUGAUGAGAUGGAGCUAGCGAGAAAGUUCUUUACUGAUGGAAGGCCUCUAGAUUUGGAAGGCCUAAAAGAUUGCAUGAGAAAGGGAUAUUCCUAUGUUGAAGGCAUAGAAGAAUUGCUUCAUUCAUUGAAAGAUAACAACUAUGAGAUGCAUGCCUUCACAAACUAUCCCAUCUGGUACGAGAUGAUUGAGGACAAAUUAAAAAUCUCAAAAUAUUUGUCUUGGACGUUCUGUUCAUGUAUAAGUGGGAAGAGGAAGCCUGAUCCUGAAUUCUAUUUGGAAGUUGAAAGACUUCUAAAAGUUGAUCCAGCAAGCUGUAUCUUCAUCGACGACAGUAUGAGAAAUGUAGAAGCUGCAAAGGAAAUUGGUAUCAUUGGUCUACAUUUCAAAAAUGCAGAUUUGCUUCGACAAGAUCUUUCUUUGCUGGGGAUUGGCAUUUCAACAAAUCAAACCAAGCUUGCACAAGAAUAGUCUUCUUCAUCACUUCUUGUAAUUCAAUUUUGAUGUAUAUCAAUUGUUUUACCAGUUGCUUUCUUGCUGGGAAUCAAGAAUUUUCUUUCAAAAUGACAAGCGAAUUGGCUAACUUUCCGAGCAACUUUCCAGAAAGAAAAUCGCCUUCAUACGUCCAAAGUUGUAUGUUCCUGUGUUCCCAAAGUUCUUCAAUAACAAUUUUUCCUCCGAUUGAUCUCAAUAGAAAACCAUGGAGAGGGUUGUUGAUCUGAAA